CUCAUCUAUAUCCGCAUCAAUGUCUUAAAUGUAAAAAACGCUACAAGUAUAAAGACAACUUAAUGAGGCACAAACGAGAUGAAUGUGAACAAGAACCAAAAUUUUGUUGCAUUUAUUGUAGCUACAAAGCGAAACAAAAAGGAAAUUUGAAAAAACAUGUUAACCUAAUUCAUAAAAUGUCAAUACACGUUCAAUAUAUGCACACUCCAUACGCAGACCAGCUCCUAUUUGAAUUAGGGUACUCUAUAGUUGAGAAAACGAGGCCGACUAAAAUCCAUCUAUGUUUCAAAUGUCAAAAUUCUUUUGGAUCGAAGAAAGCGUUAAACGAGCACGAAAAUAUAUGCUGUAGGGAGGAGCAAGUGGCUAUGUACAGGUGCGGAAAAGAAAGUUGCAUAUAUGCGAGCCCAUUUAAAAAAAACGUCGCUCUACAUAUAAAGUAUAGCCAUAAGUCUGAAUAUGAAGAAGUUUAUAAAAAGUUUGAAGAGGCCUAUUUAAAUAAUGAAGAAGAAACAGAUAAUACGUUUAAGGAAGCGGAAGCUGAAAACUCUACGGUUAGACAUCUAAAGACUGUCGGAGGACAUGAUGCUAAAGACAUGGUCAUAAGAAUAUUAAAACAAAAUUUUUCAAAUGCCCUUGCUGAUAUAUGCUCCUGGACAGGUAGAAAAGGAAACUACGAAGUUGGAAAACUGAAGCAAUUCGACAUCAUGUUUGAGCAACUGCGUCGAUUUAAGUGCCUCAAUUGUGACAGGGCAUACAAAAAUAGGGGACAUCUCUCCAGACACUUAAAGUUUGAAUGUGGACAGGAAAAACAAUUUUACUGUGAAUAUUGCAGUUUUAAAACACACAGAAAAGAGACCUUAAAGGCUCACGUGGAAGUAAAACACAUCAUCUACUCUUAGUUACAUUUAUUUAUAAUAAGUUACAUAAAUUUAAAACAUAUAAAUGUAUAUAUUUUUUGAUAAAUUAGAUAAUGGUAUUUUCUAUAAUAAUGAUAUCAUAUAUUUAUUUUUAAAUUAAUAUUAUAUUUAUGUAAUUAACUUACUUAUUUUUUUUAUAUUAUUAUGCGAAUUAACAAGUAUGCAGUUUAUGUUUUAUAAACCUAUUUUAAUCUAAUGCCAA